CGGAGGGCGUGGAAGCUUUGGCCGUCAAAGUCCGGCUCCCAUUCUCAAUGCCAAAUCCCACCAUUAUCACAUUUUGGUCUCGCCAACAGGAAUUCACGUAUGCCAUAUCAGCGCCGGAGCAUCUUCCCAGGACUCGCAGCCGGCUCCGGCACUUCUCCCCUCCAAGCCCCGGCUUUCCGUCCGAAACGGGCAAUGGACCGAAGCCGAGGCACGAGUCAGUCCAUCUUCUUCCACUUGUUGCAACCGUCUCCGUAGGUAGAGGUUUCACAAAACCCAGACUAUCAACGGCUCGAGACGCAGAGAAUUUGUAAUCCAUCAUUUCUGUUGCCUGGGUACCUAUAUAAAGGGAGAGCGCUUGCCAAGAUGGGCAAACUGGUAUCGAGAAAGCAGAACAUCAUGGCUCAAUCAACGUACCAGUCUGUCGUCCUGGCUAAACGGCCAGAGGGGCUCAUUAUCCCUGGAGAGACAUUGGCGAUCAAGGAGAACCCGAUGAUCUCGGAGAAGGAUGUGAAGGAUGAUCAGGUUCUUGUUGAGGCCAUCUAUCUGUCGCUCGAUCCUGCGAUGAGAGGCUGGCUUAAUGAUACGCGCUCGUAUGUCCCUCCAGUUCAGAUCGGCGAGGUUAUGCGUGGUUUUGCCAUCUGUAAAGUGCUUGCUAGCAAGUCUUCAAAGUUCUCGGCGGGAGACUAUGUUACUUGCACCCCAGGAUGGAGAGAAGUUGCUAUUGUGGAUGCGAAGGAGGUGACUCCGCUGGAGGUCACAGAGAACGGAAGACUUACGGAUGCUCUUGGUGUCCUUGGCCUCACCGGACUUACGGCAUAUUUCGGCAUGCUGAAUAUUGGAGAGGUCAAAACUGGAGACUUUGUUGUUGUUUCUGGUGCUGCUGGAGCAACUGGAAGCGUGGCGUGCCAAGUUGCUAAACUGAAGGGUGCGAAGGUUCUGGGUCUUGCCGGAAGUGACGACAAAGUGCAGUGGCUGAAAGAAUUGGGUUGUGAUGAAGCAUUGAACUACAAGAGUGCGGACUUCGCGGCCCAGUUCAAAGAGAAGACCAAGGAUCUGAUCGAUGUCUUCUUUGACAACGUCGGAGGAGAAAUUCUAGAACUUGCGUUGAGUAGAGCAAAGCCACAUGCACGAUUUGUGAUGUGCGGAGCUAUCAGCCAGUAUAACUCCAAGACUCCCGUUGGACCUAAGAAUAUCACUAUGGUGAUCGCCAUGCGGAUUAAAAUGCAAGGCUUCAUUGUCUUUGACUUCGCAGCUCAGUACCCCUCUGCACGAAAAGAUAUUGAGCAUUGGCUUGCAGAAGGAAAACUCCAGCGCAAGGAAACUAUCAUAAAAGGUGGACUGAAAGCUGCAGAGCAGGCUCUUGUCGAUUUGUAUAAGGGAAUUAACACUGGAAAACUUCUGGUAGAGGUAAAGGAGGACGACUCUCAGAACGGAGUUGGAUCUAGGCUGUGAAAGUUUGAUAGGAAUACGAAUUUCGUGAGUGUAUGAUCAUAGAAAGUUUAGGACUUGAGAUCCUCUUUUGAGAUACGACGUCAUUGCAUGUACUACACCAAGUUGUUACUUUACAACGGGGCAUUGUGAUUGCUAUCACGUGCAACUAGCAGCAGAGACAGCUAAGUUUGACUUUAUCUCAUAGACACAGCAUUACGUAGCCUGCAAUCAAACUCUGUACUACCA